AUGCUUUCCACAGGCGCAGCCCGCCUGCUGCCCUCUUCUCGGGCUAGCCACAGCCUCUACUUGUUGUGCAACACUGCACGUCUUGCGCAUGGCCAGCUCUCUCAUGGACAUGCAGUCCGAUCCCGGUGUAUCUCUGGGUUGACUUUGACGCCUAAUAUGGGCCGUUCACCCAUUCAGGUGUCAAAGUCUCAGACAUGCUUGACCUUGCUUUCAAAAACAUCCACUCUUACGCAAAAGAGAUGGUCAACAUCGCAAACUCCCGAAGACCCGAAGAACCAGGUCCCUGAAGAACCCAAAUCCGCCACAAAGCGCAUUCUUUCCAAGAUCCCUAUGGGCAAAAGUCACGAGAACAUAUACACCAUCCCUAAUAUUCUCACCUUCUCUCGCCUAGUAGCGGCACCCGUAGUGGGGUAUUUACUUGUCCACGACUACCAUGCAGCUGCACUCUCGCUCUUUGCUUAUGCGGGUAUUACCGAUUUGGUCGAUGGCUGGAUUGCCCGAAAAUACAACCUACAGACUGUCGUGGGAACCAUCAUUGACCCGAUGGCUGACAAGCUACUCAUGACGAUCGGAGUUGCCUGUUUGGCGGUGAAUGGUUCUCUUCCGGUGUGGCUGGCUGUCAUCAUCCUCGGUCGCGAUGUUGGUCUGGCUAUCUCUGCCAUCUACUAUCGCUGGAUCUCGCUCCCUCCUCCCAAGACAAUGGCUCGCUAUUGGGAUUUCUCCCUUCCCUCUGCUGAGGUGAAGCCCACCGAGAUCUCCAAGAUCAACACUGCCCUGCAAUUGGUCCUGGUCGGAACCGCGAUCGGCCUGCCUGUGGUGCCGGAGGCAAUCAUCAGCUCUUGGCAUUUGAGUGAGGCCAUGACUGGAUUCCAGUAUCUCGUCGCGGCUACCACCAUCUGGUCAGGCAUGAGCUACGUCUUCUCGAACAAUGCGGUCAAGAUCUUGACCAAGGAGGAGAUCCAGAAGCGUAUUGCACAGGCGGAGACAAAGCGUAAGCAUUAA